ACUGGGUGAACUUCCCCCUGUAUACUUAAGUGUGCAAUCGGUUUUGCGCAUGGCGAACGAAGAGGUAUCGAUCUGAUUUCAGUAAGGGUAGUUCAGAACCCUUAUUGCUCAGUGUUAUAUGUGCCGUGCUCUUUUACGUCACACUAUUUUACUUAUCAAUAUUUGACGAUCAUAAUUUCAUAUUGAUCCAAUGCAGUUUCUGUGAAAUGUUCGGGACGUCAGUUUGGCUGUCUACUCAGUAACGUCACUUAAGAUUUAUACUUAAAUAUUCAAAGGAUAUUUUGCAUAAAUAAAGAUGGACACAAUUCGCACAUUGUCAAAGAAAAGAACCACAAACUUUCGCGAAGAUGAGACAAAAUUAUUAAUACAAUUAUGGGGCAGUCCAACAAUACAAAAUAAACUGUAUUUAACUCACCGGAAAGCCCCCGUAAUGAGACUAUUGGCCGCAAAUAUGCAACAACGUGGUUUUUACAGAACGCCGGAUGAAAUUAAAACAAGGAUUAGAAAUUUGAAAUGUCUUUACCAUAGAAUUAAGAGGAGUAUGCAAAACGGUACGGGUCUAGGCACUGUUGAUCCCGAUUGGCCUCAUUUUAAAGCCAUGGAUGAUAUAUUGACCAAAAACGUGAACAAAAAGGACAUAUACACGGAUAAUGUAUUCGAUGGCCCCAGAUGCGAAGACAUUAAACAGGAAAUUGAUGAUAUUGACAUUAAUGAUGAUAUGGAAUCGUACACCACUAAUAGUUUUGGAGGUUCCGACUACGAAGAAGACACAAUGCAAAUGCCACCACUAACGCCUGCACCAACACCUGAAACAAAACCUGCAUUCAAAGAAGGUGGCCUUAAAAUAAUCAAGGAAGCAAAAGAGCCAAAGGAAAUAGAACAGCCAGUUCCACCACCACCCUCUGUAACCAAGUUACCAACCAUUCUGCCAAAUUUGACGAUACCAGUUCAAAAUAGUAAUAAUAUCGGUAUCAGGUCAACGCCAGCAACAUCUGGACUACCUUUUCCUUUAUUAAUUCUGAAUGGAUUACCCAAUCAGUCGAUUGUCAAUCAAACGGCUCAAACUCAGGCGGUUCCUGCUAAUAAUCAGAAAGACGGAAACUCUAACACAAAAACUACUUCAACCACAAAUCCAAAUAUGCAAGAAAUUGAGAUAACAUUACGUGAUAUUGUAUCAAUCCAAAAGGAAACCUUAGAAAUUGAAAAGCAACGGUUGGAAAUAGAGAAGCAGAAAUUGGAUUUUGAACGUUUGGUUGGAUCACAACUGUUAAGUUUAUUACCAAUGUUCGGUGGAAUUUUACAAAAUCUAACGGGCGGUUCCGACGGACAGAAAAAUGGAAAAAAACGUGCUGCGGACAAUGAUUAUAAUUUCUUUAAAGAAAGCAAAAUACUCAAAAAUCUUUUAGAAGAAGGUUUGAAAAAAUACUCGGUAAAAACCCAACCGUCUGACACCGAAGACGAUGUACAUGAAGAAAGCCUAGACAGCAAUAACUAAUAAAAAUCAAUUUUGUACUUCAAGAAACACUAUUCUUUAACAAUCUGUAUUUUUUUUUUCACAACAAAUAGUGAUAAAUUAGUCAUGUGAUGUGUUUGCUAACAUUCCAAAGUUUGUAUUAUUUAUUUUAGGAUACGUAAUUUAUUUUUGUUUUGUUAUUUUCACAUAAUAAUAAAUAUAU